AUGGCAGUCUCCAGCUCCGAAAGCCUUGCGAGUAAUGGCCAUGCUGCGCCACCGACCGAGCCACAGAAGGCGACCCUUGCAGUCGCUGCGGAAAAACCAUCGAUGACAAAGCGCAUCACUCGAAUGUUCUCUACGAAAGAUGCUAUGAGAUCGGACAGCAGUAUAAAUUCACAGCCUGCGACGUCCGGUCAGGUUACUCCCAAGCAAGAAACUGCACCUGCUGCUGUUACUGCACGAAGACCUAGUCCUCCCGCACACAAGCCUUCCUCAACCGACAAAGCUGUCAAGGGAAGCGAAAAACCCAGCACGGCGCCCUCAAAAGACAAGAAAGCUGGGGGGACCGCCUCUUCCCAGCGGUUUGCAGUGAAUGCGGAUGUGCCAGGCGGCCAUGAACACCACCUUAAGAGCACCAAGAGGCAGGAGAAGCUGUCGGACAUGCUGAGGAAUGUCAUCAGCGGGAAAUCAAAGAACGACCACCAUGAAGGGGAACAGCAACUGUCGCUGAUGUCCAAUUGGGUUGAUCAGCUGAAGAGCGAACGGGACAGCUUGGCUUCAACUGCGGAGAAGAAAGGCGGACCCAAUUCUACAGCCUCGUUGGUUGAGAAGUACGGCAAAUGUCACGAGAUUGUUGGUCGUGGUGCAUUUGGCAUUGUCAGGAUAUCGCAUAAGAGGACAGAAAAUGGAUCUGGCGAACAGCUUUAUGCGGUAAAGGAGUUCCGGCGACGACCAGAGGAGAACGAGAAGAAAUACAGCAAGCGACUCACCUCCGAGUUCUGCAUAUCCUCCUCAUUGCGGCAUCCAAACGUUAUCCAUACACUCGACCUCCUCCAAGAUUCGAAGGGCGAUUACUGCGAAGUCAUGGAAUUCUGCGCCGGAGGUGAUCUUUAUACCCUCGUCCUUGCAGCUGGCAAACUCGAAGUUGCCGAGGCGGAUUGUUUCUUCAAGCAGAUGAUGCGUGGUGUGGAAUACAUGCACGAAAUGGGUGUUGCCCACCGAGAUCUGAAACCUGAGAAUCUGCUCCUUACCACCCACGGUUCAAUCAAGAUCACCGAUUUUGGGAAUGGAGAGUGUUUCCGGAUGGCUUGGGAGUCAGACGCUCACAUGGUUACCGGCCUCUGCGGUUCUGCUCCGUAUAUUGCCCCAGAAGAGUACAUCGAUAAGGAAUUCGAUGCCCGAGCUGUCGAUGUUUGGGCUACAGGCGUGAUCUAUAUGGCUAUGAGGACUGGCCGACAUCUCUGGCGUGUUGCCAAGAAGGACGAGGACGAGUUCUAUGAGCGAUAUCUGGAAGGGCGCCGAGAUGAGGAAGGGUACGCCCCUAUUGAAUCUUUGCAUCGGGCACGCUGCCGUAACGUGAUCUACUCAAUCCUUGACCCCAAUCCUACCCGCCGAAUCACAGCUUCCCAAGUCCUCAAGUCCGAAUGGGGCCGCGAGAUAAGACUGUGCAAGGCAGGCGAAGAGGGUCUUUGA